CCGGACAUCUACUUGGUCUCUCCAAGCGAUCGUCCAGCCCAGUACCGCCGGUCAACACAUCCCCGACCGACUUCUCCGGCACCCGCCUGAGAGACAACAGACCACAGAAGAAGCCGCCCAAGUUUGAGACAACAUGUGGAAGGGACUAGCUCUCUGUUUCUGUGCAGUCAUGGCCUGCAUCGCUGGAGGUUUGGCAGUGCCUAGCGGAGCCAUCUCUGAAAACCAACCUGAAACUCAACCUGAAAACGAACUUGAAAACCAGCCUGAGAUUGAGAACCACCGUGUAAAGAGAAAAGUUCCCCCACAGGUGGUGGCUUUUGUGGCAGACGCCGCCAAGGACAUUGGAAAGAAGGUGGUUGAGAAGCUCGGCGAGAGGAUCGCGGAGGCGGUCGUGGAGAACCACCGAGAGAAGGUAGUGGCGGGGUUGGAGGAGUACUUCUCCGGGCAGUUCGACAAGGCAGACGAGGAGUUUGACAAAGCGAUCGCCCGGGGUGGAAACCUACUUGACGGCAUCGGUUCAGAUGUCAAGGAGGCCACACUCAGGGUGAUCCACGGCAGAGGCUCCAACACAGGGGACUCCUUCUCACCACCUGACCAGGAAGUCAUCGUGGAGUUCGACCAUUUCGAUGACAACGACGAAGACGAAGGCAGCGGAGGUUUUUCUCCGAAGAGCUACCCCAACGGUCUUGGAUCUGUGCUGAUGAACAACUGCUUUGCGAACGACUAUCAGCCAGAUGACCCGUGUUACCAGGCUUUCGUGCAGAUGGAUGGCUGUGCUAAUGUCAUUGACGGAGCGACUUUCCUGGGUGUUGGGUUUGACGGACGUGGUGAAUACUCCACCGACUCCAGGAAAAAGAGCCUCGUUCAGCGAGCCUGCAAUGGUCUACAGAGAUACAAGGUGUACACAGUACCUGAUCAGAUGACCGUGCAAGGCAUAUACGACACCGACGUGGAGACCUACUCCUUUAGCUCCUUGGAGGAGUACCGAUCUUACCUGGAGGACAAGUCUGCCGUGACGUCUGCUACCGCCAUGUUCCAACAGGAGAUGAACAAGGUUCAGGGACAUCUAGCCAUAAGCCCAAUCUUCGGACUUGUGGGUUCAGUCGGAGCAGGGUUCGGCGUCCAAUGGGGUAGCGACAGGGAGGCUUCAGCUUUUGCAGCCCAUUCCUCAGCGAACGCUCGGCUCAGUACGGGUUCGGCUCGAACGUUCCUGGCUAUACUGGAACUCAACGUAUUUAGGUACGAAAUCUUCCUGGACUUUGUUACACCCGAAGACUUGAACUUGGCCUUCCUCCGGGACUUCCUCGCGUUGCCUACAACCUACUUCGCCAUCGGGGCGGACAAGCAGUGCCAAAACUUCAUCCUGCGCUGGGGGACACACUACAUCACCUCCGCUAAAUUCGGCGGGCAACUAAAAGUCGUCAAGACCAAGACAGUUACUUCGGAGGACAACAUAGUGCAAUUUGCCCAGGCUUCUCAGACCAACUUCAAGCAGCUCUUCAGUACCUACACGUCGUGGCAGACACAAAUCAAGUCCAGCAGCUUUUGGCACGAUCAAGACUUCAAGACUGAUAAUGAGCGUUCUUCGGGCAGCGCACUUGAGACCACGACCGACCAGGAGACGGCAGGAGAACAGGCUGCCAGUUUCAAGCAGGAAUACAGUAAUGAGAUGAUGAUCGUGCAGGGAGGAAACCAGAGGAUCGCAUCGGCCAUCACCGAGUUCUACACCACGUCAUUCGGAUCCGAGCUCAAGGAGUGGCUGGACUCCAUAGAAGACUACCCGAAAGCGUUUGAAUUCACCAUGGGGCUGAUCACGGACCUGUUUGACAUGAACUUCGACAUGCUCUUCCCCAAUGGGGUUCUGGACUACGGCUGCUUCGGAAGUAAGGAGCUGAGCGUGGAUGCGAAGGGCAGGAAAUAUUACGUGGAAGACGUGGUUGAGGCCAACAACACACGAGAGAAGGCGACCGUUCGCUACUGUAACUUCGACGCACGCCAGGAUCUUGUCGAGGGCAUGAUCAGUAGGAGGACGGCCCUGGAGCGGGCAACCGCCGUUUAUCUAGUGGAGGGUCCAUUCCUCAUCACUGACUUCUCCAUUGCGGCCGGACAGCCCGGAUGUGAGACAGCUGAUUUGGCCUACGCUGAUGAAUCCAACAGCGGGGUUCCGACCUGGGAAGAGAUGACCAGCGGAGACGAAUUUAUCAUUCAUAUCGACAUGCCUUACAACAUCCCCAGGUUCCUGAAGGCCAAGGCGUCCCUGCACCUUAUGUUCAAACGCGGCAGGUGGAUGACUAUUACGGACAGGUUACACCCACACAUCUUUGACGGACACAGGAAUGGCGGCAGUGGAGACACCGCAGCACAUAAGAUAAGCGUCGGGGGCUUGGUGAUGUCGUACGGCGAGGAUACUGGCUUGUUAACCGUGACUCAGGAGGACUUCGAGGCGUCCGCCGAGCUCAUAGCCGACCUGCCUGACUGGCUCAUCGGCAUGGAUGUGGGCAGAGCAGAGUACAGCUCGCUCAUGCAGCAGAUCAGUAAUCACCAAAGUUUGGAUAGAGGACACGUGCCGUGUAACAUGCAGUGGUCCAACGCCCACCGUAUCGACCCGACCAACGGCGGAAAGUGCAUCCACUUCACGGCGGCAUCAGAGGGAGACAUCUUCGUGGUGUUCGCCGGAAUUCCUCGCGAUCAUGAGACCUGGCUGACCGUGGAGAUCUCUCCAGACGGCGUGGCUUUGUACAAGAACAUGCGGCUGGUGGUCACACAGCUAGAGCAGGGCGGGAAGGGUCUUGGGACGGCUCACCUGUACCAGUCCUACUUCGUCUGCGUGACGGAGAACCCGGAUGCGGGGACAACGAUCGUACAGUACGGCAAGACCCCGGAUAACGAGGAACGGGCCCACGUCUGGCUGGAUCACCAAUUUGACGAAAUGCUGGCCAUUCAGUACUACGCGUUCGGAAGCGGCGCUCACCCAGUGAAAGUCAUGCGGGUGUCUCGAGUGGAUCAGCCCGCCGAAGACUUCAUCAUUUGUCGUGAAGGAACAUCAAAACGGGGCGGAAGGUGUGUGCAGCAGUGUCACGUCGAGUGUGAUGGUUGCCGGACCACCGGAUCGGAUACCCCGCGGGACUGCAUCGCUUGCAUGAACGUGAAGGUGCCGUUCCCGUACAUCGACGGCUCGGCUGGGGACUUCGAGUGUGCCGCGGCCUGUCCGGCAGCCAUGGUCCUCACGGCUGGCACCAGCAGCUGCGAAUGUAUUAAGAGAAUAGAGGACGCUUCUGCAGAGGGCAGAAUCGAGUGUUUGGCGCAGUGUCCUCUCACCCACUAUGAUGACAACAACGUGUGCAGGAGAUGUAACAGUCUCUGUGCCGAUGUCAGUGAUAGUGGCAGAAGGGUCUGCACCGGGCCCGACGUUCCCCACUGUACGGCCUGUCGCUAUACACAUGCCGACGGAAGCUGCACUGAGGGAUGUCGACCAGGACAAAAGGCAGUCUCUUCAGGUAAUUCAGGAUGUCAAGAUAAACUCGGGAUGGAAGAUGGUACCAUACCUGACAGCGCAAUUACUGCAUCCUCCAAAUGGAGUCCUCUACACGAGCCAUUCCUCGCACGCUUGAACGGAAGAUCUGGUGUUGGUUGCUGGUCAGCCGGCACCAACUCUCGAGGACAGUGCCACCUGCCAGUCGUGCCCAGCAGGUCGGUACAACCCACAGGGAGGAGCGACCAGCUGUCCACUGUGCCCAGCCGGGCGGUUCAGUCCCGGCCCUGGCUCCACCGGCUGCAACCUUGCGCGGCUGGCACGUACAGCCCUAGCGCUGGCUCCACCGGCUGUACGCGCUGCCCUGCCGGACAAAUCAGCACCGCGAGCGGAGCGACUGGUUGUCAGCGCUGCCCAGCUGGACAGCACAACCCCACCGCCGGGUCAUCCUCAUGCUAUGUCUGCCCUGCCGGGCGAUACAGCUCCAGCGAGGGAUCUGCUAGCUGCCAGGCCUGCGCCGCCGGAAGGUACAGCUCCAGUCCUGGGUCUACAGGCUGUCCACUCUGCCCUGCCGGACAGUACAGCGCAACUACUGGUUCUAUCAGCUGUCAGACCUGUGCGGCUGGCAGCACGAGUGUCGCGGGUGCAACGGGCUGCACGUCCAACAACGAAUGCCAGUCCAACCCCUGCCAGAAUGGAGGACAGUGUGUGGAUGGGAGUAACCGCUACGAUUGCAAUUGCCCGGCCGGGUUUGUGGGAACGAACUGUCAGACAAAUCUGUUACAAGAUGUCGACGGAUACGUCCUGCGCCUUGGAGACUGUCCUGGGAAUGACGUCUGGUCUGGGUCGGCAAGUCUGGAAGGCUAUGCGAAUGAGUGCAAUAGAUAUUCGACCUGCAGGGCCUUCUUGUUUGCGUCUAACGUCAAUCAUUGCUACUUAAAGUCCGAGACUUGCAGUUCUCCAACUACUGCCAACGCGAAUGCCGUGUUCUACGACAAGAUAGAGUAUCACCCAGCUCGCUACUGUGAAGGCCAGACAGCUGUCUUUGCCUGUGGCCAUGGGAAGGUUAUCCGGGUCCUGACAGCUUUGUACGGGAGCAACCUUGACGCAUGUGGCUCCGGCGGAAGAACCGGAUGUGUGUCGUCCUCGGCUUUCGGAAUAGUCAGGGACAGAUGUAACGGCCAGGCGACCUGCUCUAUUUCUGUAAGCAAUAGUGUUUUCGGUGACCCAUGUUCUGGAGUCGGAAAGUACCUGGAGAUCGGUCACCUCUGCGUUCCUCCCGGAGUCCAAGCUCGGUACACACAUUUGGGAUGCUUUACGGACCAGGAUGUCCGAGCCAUUUCAACUCUGGAGGGCACAGAUGCACGCCUCGAUAAUCAUUACCUCUCUCGCGUUAAUGCCCUUGAAAAAUGUUACCAGGUCGCAAAGUCUCGUGGCUUCACGAUGUUCGCUGUGCAAAACAGCGGGUGGUGUGCAGGGUCGACCGACGCGCCGAACAGGUACAAUAUGUACGGGUCCUCAAACCUUUGCUACGGGCAUGGUGAAGGUGGACCUCAUGCAAACGACGUCUACAUGAUUGGUGCUGCUACUGUUGCAGCAUCCGCAUCAGGAUCCGCUACCGUUCAGCUGGUUGGUGGAUCUGGCAACCACGAAGGAAGGGUCGAAAUCCACCACAAUGGAGCGUGGGGAACGGUCUGUGACGAUGCCUGGGAUAUUAACGACGCAACUGUGGUGUGCCGCCAGCUAGGGUUCAGCGGCGCUGCCGAGGCACGUUCUUUUGCAGCCUUCGGGCAGGGUACCGGACAGAUCUGGGUAGACGAAGCGAACUGCAGUGGAACUGAGGCUCGUCUGGCGGACUGUCCCAGAAAUGCAUGGGGUCAACAUGAUUGUAGCCAUUAUGAAGAUGCCGGCGUUGUCUGCAAUCGCUAAGAAGCUGGCGGCUCCCCUUGCACUGUAAACUGGACUACGAACGGACUGGAAACAUCGAACGACUUCUCAUUUAUCGAUCCUAUUCAUCUCCCGCUUAGAAUGAUUGCCAGAAUAAGUAGUAGUGCUAAUAUAACAUUGAAGCUGGUUUAGAUAUCAGCGUAGGGUAUAAGAAAGAAUAAACAUGAUAUUACGAAUAUGAUAUGAUACAACAUGAUAUGAAUUUGUUUAUUUGAACAAGGAGUGUUAAUAUAACUCACACAUUGAGGCUGGUUUAAAUAUUAUCGUAGGGGGGGUUAAAGAAAGAAUAAAACAUAAUAUUGCGAAUGCAAUUGUCUGACACAACAUGAUAUGAAUUUGUUUAUGUGAACAUUCCACAUUUUACAAUUGAGGGGGUGCGUGCAAACAAGUGGUUGAUAUUUCCUUCAAAAAUUGUCUCCUGCUCUAAAGACACUAACAUCGAUAUAUAACAGAAUAUGCAUGAUUUUAUUAUGGCGUUUCGAAAUGAAAGUGAUUUGUCAUAAAAUUUGCGACUUAAAAAUGACCACAAACCAGUACUGUAUAACAAAAGGGCAAGAUGACUAAAAUACAGAGACAAAACAUUAAAAAGAAAUAUGAUCCAUUAGAUGUUUUCAACCCGGGGGGCCAACGGUAACUGCGAUGGAAUGCUGGUAAAUUAAUUCAAUUCCUGGUAAGUGAUUUGAAAACUUUUGGCAAACAACAUUAAGGAAACAAAAACCAUGAAUUGUUUACAAACAAAUCAAAAACUUGAUUCAAUAAGACCCUACAUUGUAUUAAUUCCAUUUGUCAGUGUUAUCUUGCAACUUACAGAAGGAAGGUUAAGUGUUUAAUGAUUCAUGUGUCAAGAUAUCAUUUAAGUAGUAUAUAAAAUAAUAUCAAUAAUUCAAAACAUAUAUUCAAUAAUGCUAGUCGGCGACAUGGUUACUCUAUGACGACAUUAGUCUGACGCUACGUCACUGUGUUGCCCUUUUGUAGUUCUCAGGCCUACCUGCGUUCUAAUCGUCAUAUAAGUCACAUCUAGUCAUAUAAGUCUUUCCAACAUUCAUUCUACCUUCGUUAGCAAGUAAUAUAAUGGUAAUAAUAUUCAAUAUAAUAAUUAAUAAUGAUUAUAAUAGCAAAUCAACAGCCACAAUCAUGACCAUGAAAUGGUCAUCAUAUUUGACUACAAAUCGAGACAGGGAAGCUUAAAUUUCACUGCUAUGAUGAUUAGGACGCUGGCAGUCGACACCUGAGAAGGAUUAUAUUAUAUUCAAGAUGUGCUAAUUAAUAUAACAUAAAUAAUUGCAGAAAUUAUUCUUAUGAAGCUGAUGCAAGUUUAAUGUUCAAAAUUGUGUGUGGUACAACUAUAACAACUGGGACAUGAAACUUGAAUCAUUUCUCUAAGGAUAAAUGCUAAUUCUAAUUACAAUCAUGUUAAGUCAUAAUCUUCGGCAGUCAACACUUCUA